GUUUAUAAAGUUUGUUUACGUGGUCCUGUGUCAGAACUGAAACUACAAAAAGACAGGAUGACAUCUGCUGCCAAGUCUGUUGUAGAUAAACUAAGGCAUUUUGAUGCAUAUCCUAAAACCCUAGAAGACUUCCAGAUUAAGACAGUAUCUGGGGCAGCAGUAACAGUUGUUGCUGGUCUGUUCAUGACUCUUCUCUUUUUGUCGGAACUCUAUGACUACUUAACACCCAAGAUUGCAGAGGACCUUUUCGUUGACACCACAAGAGGGAGUAAACUGCGCAUUAAUUUUGACGUCAUAUUUCCGAGCAUCCCAUGCAAUUUGUUGAGCUUGGAUGCCAUGGACCUAAGUGGCGAGCAGCAUGUCAAUGUUCAGCACAACAUAUACAAACGGAAGUUAGAUUUGCAGGGAAGACCUUUGCAAGAUCCAGAAAGACAAGAACAUAUUGGCCAUAGCAAAGACGAUAGUACCAAUACAACUCAAGGAAGUACUGCAGAAGUAACUACACCCAAAUGUGGAAGUUGUUACGGGGCAGAAUCUGAAAAAAAUCAAUGCUGUAACUCCUGCGAAGAUGUCAAGGAUGCAUACCGCACCAAGGGCUGGGCAGUGCCGCCUCUCAAAGAUAUAGAGCAAUGUGUACGAGAGGGUAAGCUGGUGGAGUCUGAGGAGCUACCAAAGGAGGGCUGUCAGAUGUAUGGAUAUUUGGAAGUAAACCGGGUUGGGGGUAAUUUCCAUAUAGCUCCUGGGAAGUCCUUCCAGCACAAUCACCUUCACAUACAUGAUGUUCAGCAGUAUAAAACAAAGGAUUUUGACCUCUCUCAUCGCAUCCGGCAUCUCAGCUUUGGCUAUAACAUCCCUGGCAAAACUAACCCUAUUGAUGGAACUGAAUUCACAACUGAGAAGGGACCAAAAACCAUCACUUACUAUGUCAAAAUUGUACCCACAACAUACGAGAGGGUAGAUGGCUCUACGCUAUCCACUAAUCAGUUCUCGGUCACUCAACACCAAAAGUCCCUUCAGAUGGGACUGGGAGAGUCUGGUCUUCCAGGGGUCUUCUUCACUUAUGAACUGUCUCCUAUGAUGGUCAAGUACACGGAAAAACACAAGUCUUUAGGCCACUUCCUGACAGGAGUGUGCGCUAUCAUCGGUGGAAUCUAUACUGUUGCUGGCCUUAUAGAUGCUGCUAUAUAUCAUUCUCAUCGUGCUCUUCAGCGCAAGAUUGAAAUAGGAAAAGCAACAUAAAAAUCACUGUUAUAUAGAAUAAUUUGCAAAACAAGUCCUUUUAUUAGUCUUUUUGUAAAACAGUUGACAGGUUUGUUGAUUUUGAUUUUUAUACAAGAUAUGAGAUUUUUGGGAAAGGAUUUGUGUUCAUUUUUUUAAAGAAUGAAAUUAAGUGGGUUGUGUAUGCCAUGUUGGUUUGAAAAGAAAGUAGUUUUUCAUCACUGAAUUCUUCUAAUGAUUUGAUUUCUACAAACUACACCCAUUUUUCUAGUAAGGAAAAUAAUUGGCUAAACAUUUGUUGUCUAUAUUGGCCAUCUUUCUUCUUUUAUUUGUUGAAUAUAGAAGGGUUUGAUCAUUUCUGUGUUGAAUAUGCCUCAGUGAAAGAAACUUCCAAGUAUAAAUCUUUCUAAACAACACCUCAAGUAAAACAGAUAAUUGUUAUGUGUUUUUAUAUUCUCGUCUUUUAUUUUUUUAUUUCAUUCUCCUCUGUCCUUGAUUACAGUAUGCCAUUACUCUAUUGGACAUAUGCCUUGAAUAAUCAUCUCAGUCUCCCAUUUAAUACCAUGAUAUCAUUGACUCCAUCAACUUCAUGCUCAUAUUUGUGUCACUCUCAGAUCAU